CUAAUCUGUGUCAAUCAUUUGAAGUUUGAAUUGUUUGGGUUGGGGAUCUAAAGUACUUAUGAAUAUGAAUUCAUAUUCAUGUAUUGGUUUAUUCUAUAGUUUUUAAUGCUAUGUAAAAUGAAUUUAAUAAUAAUUUAUCCACAUUAUGAAUCAACAUAUCUUUGAAAAUGUGAACAUGAAGUAGAUUUUAAUUAAGUCAUUCCUAAAUUCUAAUCAUUCCUAAGGAAAGGAAAAGGUUUAAGAAGAUUCUUGUAAUGAAUAGUUUAGGCCUAACUAUUUCAUUGAUUCUGUUAUUAUUGGUAAUAUUGUUUGCAGUAUUAGUUUUUAUUUUUCUUCCUAUUAUUAUUUCUCGAUCUCCCUAUUUACUUCGUAAAGCAUUAUUCACAACAGGAGGAGCUGCUACUGAUAAAUUAUAUUAUGAUCAAAAUACAAAAUUAGGAGUUCGUAACUUUUAUGUUACAUUCAAAGAUGAAUCUGGAAAAGAUAUUAAUAUAGGUGUUUACCAUUUCCUGCCUAAAGAUUACAUUUUGAAUCAAACAGAAGAUAUAUCACUUCUUGAUUAUGACAAACUCUUAUGGGAUAGUCCAUACAGUGUCUUAUUACUGUUUCAUGGUAGAGGACAAAGUAGAGCAUCAUUUGGCUCUAAAUAUGAGAUGCUCAGUAAAUUAUUUCAUGUUAUUGUAUUUGAUUAUAGAUGUUUUGGGGAUUCCUCAAGAGCAUUUUUGACUGAACAUGGUUUAGUCAUGGACUGUGUUCUGUUAUUUAAGUGGUUAAAAAGUAGAACUUCUUCGUCUAUUUAUGUAUGGGGGCAGUCGCUAGGUUCGGCUGUAUGUAUAGAAACAGUUUAUAUAUUGGAUAAAGAAAAUGUUAUACCUAAAGGAAUGAUAUUAGAAUCAAGUUUCACAAAUUUGAGGGAAGCUGUUUUGGAAUCCCCUGUAGGAAGGAUAUUUUCAUGGAUUCCAUGGUUCUCAGUAUUAAUAGAUGGUUAUAAUAAAAAUGGUUUUUUGUUCAAAUCUUCAAUUCACUUGUCACAAAUACGAUGUCCCGUCAUGAUAUUACAUGCAGUGGAUGAUAAAAUAAUACCUUUUCAUCAAGGGAUCAAGUUAUAUGAAGUGGUGAUGAGAAGACCAAUAAAGCUCAAUGUUGCCAAAUUUCUACCUAUAGCUGCCAGUUAUGAAUGUGGUCAUGAUUUCAUCUAUAAAUUUCCUAACUUUACUAAUCACAUUCUGGAUUUCAUGAAUGUUUGUGACUCGGAGUUCAACUUGACUGAAGUAAUUUGAAGCACAUGUUAAUUUCUCAUUGAACAAAAACAAUUUCUUUGGUUGUGAAGAAUUUGAAAAUUGUAAGAUCCAGUACUGUGAUGAUGGAUAUUAAUAUGAAGAAUAAUAAAAAGUAAUGAAUUAA